CCUGCUGCAAGACAGCAGUUCAGAAACUGUUCUGAGCGUUGGGUUGUAUACAGUAAAAUCUACCCCUUUAGAAUAACAAUUUUGUUGUUUGUUUGAGGGUCUCUAGAGAGACUUCUCAUGAACAAAAAGAUCAGGAAGGGAAAUUUGCUGUGAACACGCACAUAUUAUUUACUCUGUUGAUCGGGGGAACUUUCCGAAACUUGCUUCAUCAUCCCCCAAGCAUUUCUGGAUUUACGCCGCACGUCUAUUACGGUCGACUUUGCCAGUGACUUUGACCGCUUGGGUCUGUCAAGUUAACGUCGCGGGGGAUCUGCGUUAAGGAGAGACCGCUCUAUUUGAAGGGAUUCACGCAUGUCUGGAUAUUAACUUCCCUUGUUAAUUUGAGAACGGUCUCUGAGGAAGACAGUGGAUGUUAUUGUGUUCGUGUUUUUGAACAUUUUGUACCAACUAAUACAGCAGAAGCGUCAACAUGUUGAGUAACACUGGAGUCUAUGCUGUCAAGAAGCGGAAGAAGCCCGUUCAAAAAACCAAGAAAUCUCCUGCUCCAGAUGUGGUCAAGUCGAACCCAUCCAAACGCCACCGGGAUCGGUUGAAUGGGGAGCUGGACAGGCUGACAGGCCUCCUACCAUUCCCUGAGGAUGUGCGCUCUCGCCUGGACAAACUCUCUGUGCUCCGCAUCAGCGUCGGCUACCUGAAGGUGAAGAGCUUCUUCAAAGCAACCAUGAAGAAAAGCAGUGUCCUGUUUCCUGGGGGGGAUGGCCUGAACAUGAAUGGGAUGAACGCCCCAACCUUCUCCGAGGGGGACCUACUUCUCCAGGCACUGAAUGGCUUUGUGCUGGUGGUCACAGCUGAGGGACAUGUGUUCUAUUCCUCUCCUACUAUCCAAGACUACCUGGGCUUCCAUCAGUCAGACGUGGUCCACCAAAGUGUGUUUGAGCUGAUCCACACAGACGACAGAGCCACGUUCAGACGACAGCUUCACUUUGCCCUCAACCCCACGCCCUUUGACCCAGAGCAGGGAGGAGACGGCAUGGCGAGCAGCAGUGACAUCACCAGGAACAUCGUGACCUAUAACCCUGAGCAGCUCCCACCAGAGAACUCCUCCUUCCUGGAGAGGAAGUUCGUGUGUCGCUUCCGCUGCCUCCUGGACAACUCCUCUGGCUUCCUGGCUCUGAACUUCCAGGGGCGUUUGAAGUUCCUCCAUUGCCGGAGCAUGCUGGGGGAUGACGGGACGCGCAGCCAGCCCAGGUUGGGCCUGUUCACCAUCGCCACCCCUGUCCACACCCCGUCCAUAUUGGAGAUCAGAACCAAGACGAUCUUCUUCCAGACCAAACACAAGCUGGACUUCACCCCCACAGGUGUCGAUGCCAGGGGGAAGAUUGUCCUGGGAUACUCAGAGAUUGAGUUGUGUAUGAGAGGCUCUGGGUAUCAGUUCAUCCACGCAGCUGAUAUGAUGUACUGUGCAGAUAGCCAUGUCAGAAUGAUUAAGACAGGAGAGAGUGGUCUGACCACGUUCAGACUGCUGCAGAAAACUGGGUGCUGGGUCUGGGUCCAGGCCAAUGCCAGACUUGUCUACAAAGGAGGAAGGCCCGACUUCAUCAUUGCACGCCAGAGAGCUUUACUUGAUUCUGAGGGAGAGGAGAAUCUACGCCAGAGGAAGAUGCAGCUGCCCUUCAGCUUCACCACCGGGGAGGCCCUGCUGUAUGAGACCGGCCCCACCCUGGAUGCCACAGAGUUCCAAACCAACCCCCCAAAAAUCUGCAAGGUGGAGUCUCUGGACCCCCAGUCUCUACUGGGCUCUUUACUAAAGCAGGACGAAUCCGUCUACACCCAGCCCCAGGAGCCUCAGCUACCCAUAGACCAGGUAUUCAUGGACAGCCGAGCGCUCACAAACGUGGCCUGUAACUCCUGGCAGAGUAGCAUGGAGCCCCAGGGGCCCGACAGGGUUGAUGAUGGUGAUAGCCCCAGGGAGGUCAAGCACGAGGGGGCGUUGGUAGCGAUGAUCGAUGCCCUGGAGAAGAUGGCGCAGGAUGGGGACCUGUGUGCGGCUCUGCAGGGGAUGGACGUGGGUACGGCGGAGCUGAUGGAGUGGGAGAGCACCCUCCUCAGGCUGAGCCAGAACAGCAAUGGGACCGGGAGCGGGGACACCUCCCUAGAGCUGGAUGACAUCAUGACCAACGACAUCUUCUCUUACGUGGAGGAAGCCUUGUUCAAGGAGAGCAGCGAGGGGAGCGGUAACCAGCCCAACUGCUCCACCAUGGUCAACAACGACCCUAACCUGUUCACAGGGGUGCUCGACAACAACAACCAGGGUGGACCAUUCACAGGAGUGGUCAGCCCUACAGGUGCCGGACAGUGCAAGCCCGGGUUGCUUGACAAAUUAGGCUUUGUCCAAAAUGGCUCUCCAGUGAACAAUCUAAAUGGUAUCAGCCACAGUCAGGUAUCAGGCAACAGAGUAGUUGGUUUGGCAAGACAGAACCAGGCAGGACAGAACCAGGGAGGACAGAACCAGGCAGGACCACAGCAGGUGUUCAAGAGCACCCAGAGGCUCUCCCACUUCGGCCCCCAGAUUCCUCAGACGGGUCUGAAUAUCCCCAUCCUGCAGCAGCUACAGCUCAACGACAUCUUCACCCCCUCUCUGGAGCUCCCCGAGCUCAGUAACCCACAUAGCUCAGGCCAGAAUGAGUCUGUCACGUUAAGCACUAGCAUGGCUGGAUCCUGUGCUCAGGCACCAAACAACCACAUGGGAAGCCCUCAGAUCAUCACUGGCCAGGUCCAAUCUAACCAGCCACCUCCACAGUGUUUCUCUCAUAAUGGCUUGCCAGCUGCAAUGGCACCAAACGGACCAGAGGAGAUCUCUGUUCCACAGUCCAACCAUCUACCACCUAUUCUGGUGGAUGUUUGGGCAUCUUUGAUUCCCAGUAAUGGCUUUGUUUCACCCCAGAUUGCCUGCGGUGCACCAUUUCAGUCACUAAAACCCCAGAAAGUGCAGCAGUGGCCCCAGAACCAGCAGCAUCAGCUACCACCACCCGCCAGCACAAUGGAAGAUGGACACCAAUUCAUCCCAGACUGUCACAGUCAAGCCACAGAGACCCAAAGAGUCCCUCUCACAGGCCUUUGGCCACAGAACACCAACGGAUUGUACCACCAACCCCAGCAGGGGCGAUUGGCCAAUGGCCAGCCUGCUCCAUCCGGCAGCUGUAUGUUUGAGAACGUCUCACCCCCCCUCCCCAACAGAAACAGCCACGUGGAUGGCACCAUUCUGUCCCCCCCCUUGUCUGUAUGCCAGAGGAGGAUGGUGGACCCCCAGGACCAGAGCUACUUGCAGUGGGGCCCCAGUGAGCCGGUGGUGGACACGUCAGCCAUCAUCCAGGACAACACCGGAAUCAGCUUCCCGGCUCACCCGCUUGUGGGCAACAUCACCACCCCCGAGAGCCUACUGGCCAUGCAGCAGUACCUUUCUGGACGCAACAGAGUCGGACAGACACAGAUCUCAAGCCUCUGUGUAGUAGACAGCAAUGGAACAUUCUCCUCAGCCCCCCUUGUCAAUGGAACAUUUUCCUCGGCCCCCCUUGUCAAUGGAACAUUCUCCUCAGCCCCACUUGUCAAUGGAACAUUCUCCUCGGCCCCACUUGUCAAUGGAACAUUCUCCUCAGCCCCACUUGUCAAUGGAACAUUCUCCUCAGCCCCACUUGUCAAUGGAACAUUCUCCUCAGCCCCACUUGUCAAUGGAACCAUGUGCUUUACAGACCACAACCAAACCAACUAUUGCGACUUCUAAACAUGAGUCACAUGUUACUCUGUAAACAUUAUGGACAAAAAGAGGAGGAAGCCAUCCAUGGAUCUGUUCAUCCAUCCAUCCGUACACAUUCAAAGACAACACACUGCCUUAAGAGCUGCCUCAGGGAGGGUGUCGUGAUGACAAGCCAUCCCCUAGUCAGACACACCAUUCAUCUCCCCAUAUCAGUGUUUACAGGAAAUACAAGGACUCUGAUUAAGCACUUGUCACUUCUGUCAGCAAUGGAACAAAAAGCAGCAACUUUACAUGGAACUGGUUUUCUUUUUUUGUUGGGUUGUCUUCUGUUUUGUUUGUUGUUGCCUUGUCUUUGGUUUUAUUACUGUGGAAAAACAGUAUCUGUCACAACUUCAAUGAUAUGAAUGAAGUUUGAAUCCUCACUGGUGAAUUUGGCUUGUGUUAUAAUGGCUUUUUAGGGUCAUGCUCAAUUCCCAAAAUGAUGUAUAUAUAUUAAUGAAGCAGAGGCCAUAUUCAUUUAUUUUUACGUUUGUUUCUUCUUACAUUUAUAGUUGGAUGGUGACAGGACACCAUUCAAGUUUUCACUCAUGGAGAAACAAUCAAAAAAAUGAUAUUGUACUCAGAGAUUAAAAAUAAAGGCAUAAUAUCCUACAUUUAUAUAUGGAGUGUAGGGUUGCAAAUAUCUGUGAACUUUAGAUACAUUUCCUAAUUUUUUACAAAAUCCCAGGUGGAGAAUUCCUUGAAUCAGGAAUCAGGGAAUAAGCAUGAAAUCCAGAAUCCUCCAACCAGGGAAAACCAGGGAAUUUAUUGAAUGUUCCUGGAAUUUUGCAACCCUAAUAAAGUGUAAAUACAGAAAUGGCCUCUAUAUUAUUAUAAAGAUAUUAUUGUUUUCAUUAUGUGAGUGUGUUAUGGCUGUGAUGAAUUUGACUGUGUGUACAUGGGGUGUGUUCCUGUUUGUGUUUGCUUGUUCUGAAGAAUGAAUGAAGCAGUGUACAAAUAGAAUUUCUGAGGAAAAAGCAACGUAUUUCAUUGAAAUGUCUGCAUUGGUUGCAGAGUAGGCUAUAGAAAACCAAAUGAUGUGCUUUCAGAUUGUACUCCUUGUAAUGCUAUUGGUAUCCAAAUGUCAUUACAAUUUAACAAUAGUCUGAUAUAGUACGUUGAUAAUGCUGUAUCAAUAGUAUUCAAUCCAUUUAUAGUUGUUUCUUUGUUUUAUCUAAACUUCACUGAGCCAUAUGCUAACUUGUGGUAAUUGUUUUACUUUAGUUUUUUGUUCAUAAUAUCAUCUGUGGAGGAAGAUGUACUGCAUGUUAAGGAGACUCAGGAGACAUACAGUCGCUAGUGGAAGUCGACACACCACUUGCACAGUCUUCACAUUUUGCUACCUUAAAAUCUGAAAAAUAGAUUUUUUUCCUACCGAUCUAAACAAUCUACUCCACAUUUUCAAAGUGAAAGAAAAAUGUAUAAAAAAGAAAUACGAAACAAAGAUGUUUUGAUUGCGUAUGUCUUCGCAGCCGAGGGGUUAAUACUUGAUGGAAGACCCCUUUUUGUUGUAAUUUUUCUCUCCCCAAUUUCAUGGUAUCCAAUGUGUAGUUAGAAUCUUGUCUCAUUGCUGCAACUCCCCUCUGGACUCGGGAGAGGUAAAGGUUGAGAGCCAUGCGUCCUCCAAAACACGACCCUGCCGCACUGCUUCUUGACACACUGCUCGCUUAACCCGGAAGCCAACUGCACCAAUGUGUCGGAGGAAACACUGUCCAACUGACGACCGAGGUCAGCUUGCAGGUGCCCGACCCGCCACAAGGAGGUCGGUAGAGCACGAUGAGACAAGGAAAUCCCAGCCAGCCAAACCUUCCCCGAACCCGGACGACACUGGCCCAAACCCUCCCCUAAUCCGGAUGACGCUAGGCAAAUUGUUUUGUUCAGGAGUCAUUGAUCGGCAGCCAUAUUCAAACCUUGUCUCUGACUGUCAAGCAAAUUUAAGUCAAGGCUAAGAAACACUCAAGUACACUCAAGCCAUUCUGGUGUCUUUGGCAUUAACAUUUUUGUAACUGUGCCGCUGAAAAUAAAACUCUAUUCCAGGGUUUUCCUCAACUUUUUACCUAGGCUUUGCUCUUUUCAUGUUUCUUUUGAUCCUGACAAACUCCUCAGUCCCUACUAGUGACAGGCAUACCCAUAACAUGAUGCUUCCACCACAAUACUUGAAAAUACAGGCGGUGUAUAUUGUUUUGACAAAAGCCUGUAGUUUUUAUUAUUUAGGCCAAAAAGUGAUUUAUUUGCCGUGUUGUCUUGCAGUAUUACUUUAGAGCUUCUGUUGCAACCAGAAUGGAUGAUUUGUAAUGGAUAUUGUAACACAGGCUUCCUUCUCUUCACCUUAUCAUACAGGCCUGUAAGGGUUUUCCUGUGGUGAAGUAGAGGAGGACCAAAACGCAGCGUGGUUAUAUUGAUUCAUGUUUAAUUAAAACAGAUAAACAUGAACACUACAAAACAACAAACGUGGAAAACCAAAAACAGCCCUAUCUGGUGCAAAACACAGAGACAGGAACACUCACCCACAAAACCCAACACAAAACAGGCUACCUAAAUAUGGUUCCCAAUCAGAGACAAUGACUAACACCUGCCUCUGAUUGAGAACCAUAUCAGGCCUAACAUAGAAAUGGACAAACCAGACACACAACAUAGAAUGCCCACCCAGCUCACGUCCUGACCAACACUAAAACAAGGAAAACACACACGAACGAUGGUCAGAACGUGACAGGCCAGUAAUGUGGAGUGAAUGAAAUGUUGUUGUAUUUUCAAGUAUUGUGAUGGCAGAAUCAUGUUAUGGGUAUGCUUGUCAUGCCAGUGGCUGGGGAGUUUGUCAGGAUCAAAAUAAAUAUAAAAGGAGCAAAGCCCAGGAAAAAAGCUAGAGGAAAACCAGCCUCAGUCUUCUGAAUACCUAACCCUGGGAUAGAUUUUUAAAUUUCUGCCGGACAAUUUCACAAAGUCAAAUGCCAAAGACACACCAGUAUGCCUUUCCAAUAGGUGUUGAGUGGUCUUGAAUGGUCCAGUCUCAGUCCUGACUUAAACUUGCUCAAAUCAGAAACAAUAUUUGAAUAUUGCUGCGCAUCAAUGAUUCCCAACUUAAUGUACUGUGCUUGAGCAAUUUUGACAAAAACAAUGGAUACGCAGUAUGCUGCCCUAAGAGUAGUAGAAUCUUAUUCAAAAUUAUUCACAGCUUUAAUGGCUGGCAAAGGUGCUUCCACCAAUUAUCAACUCUGUGGUGUGAAGACAUACGCAAUCAAGACAUUUUUGUUUUAUUUGUAAUUAAUUAGGAACAUUUUCUAUAUUUCUUUUUCAAUUUUUGUACAUCAAUAGGAAAAAAUGUGUAAUGCAAUUUUUAGGUAACAUUUUAAUGUGAAGAAGUGUGCAGACUUUCACUAGGUACUGUAGGUCCUAGAAGUCUAGUGUAGUAACCAUGGUUACUAUAGACAUGUCACUAGGCACUGUAGGUCCUAGAAGUCUAGUGUAGUAACCAUGGUUACUAUAGACAUGUCACUAUGUACUGUAGGUCCUAGAAGUCUAGUGUAGUAACCAUGGUUACUAUAGACAUGUCACUAGGCACUGUAGGUCCUAGAAGUCUAGUGUUGUAACCAUGGUUACUAUAGACAUUUCACUAGGCACUGUAGGUCCUAGAAGUCUAGUGUUGUAACCAUGGUUACUAUAGACAUGUCACUAGGUACUGUAGGUCCUAGAAGUCUAGUGUAGUAACCAUGGUUACUAUAGACAUGUCACUAGGCACUGUAGGUCCUAGAAGUCUAGUGUUGUAACCAUGGUUACUAUAGACAUGUCACUAGGCACUGUAGGUCCUAGAAGUCUAGUGUUGUAACCAUGGUUACUAUAGACAUGUCACUAGGUACUGUAGGUCCUAGAAGUCUAGUGUAGUAACCAUGGUUACUAUAGACAUGUCACUAAGUACUGUAGGUCCUAGAAGUCUAGUGUAGUAACCAUGGUUACUAUAGACAUGUCACUAGGUACUGUAGGUCCUAGAAGUCUAGUGUAGUAACCAUGGUUACUAUAGACAUGUCACUAGGUACUGUAGGUCCUAGAAGUCUAGUGUAGUAACCAUGGUUACUAUAGACAUGUCACUAGGUACUGUAGGUCCUAGAAGUCUAGUGUAGUAACCAUGGUUACUAUAGACAUGUCACUAGGUACUGUAGGUCCUAGAAGUCUAGUGUAGUAACCAUGGUUACUAUAGACAUUUCACUAGGUACUGUAGGUCCUAGACGUCUAGUGUAGUAGCCAUGGUUACUAUAGACAUUUCACUAGGCACUGUAGGUCCUAGAAGUCUAGUGUAGUAACCAUGGUUACUACAGAUAUGGGACUGGAAGGAUAACUUCCCACGAGUCCACAUGUUGAUCAGCAUAUUCGACAAAUGGAACUUCCCAUUUAGUCCUAUGUCAGUUGAUGAUUUACAGUAACAUGGCAGGUCCUCCCGUUGUAAAGGCCCCCUGACACUGAAGUCUCCCGUCAUCACUCUGACUCCUCCCUCAAAGGCAUCUGAGGCUAAAUCAAUAUGGCUGCCCACCUUUUAUUUCCCUUGACCUAUUUCCUCAUUCUGCUCAUAUGAAAAGACAAGGCAGGUUUCCGCCAUAUUCCCCUAUAUGGCGGAAACUAAACCCGGCCAACUAGAGGGCCUCUCCUGCCAAACUGCUCUAACUGAUUCAGUUCUCUCAGCUCAAUAAGGCAGAGGAAGUUACACAUAGCAAAGGGAGCUGUUAUAUGUAUUGGGUGUAUUCACAUUUAGCUUUGCUUUUGAAUUAUAUUUAGCAAAUUUUCUCAUGCUUUUUGCUUCACCAAGCUGAUUUAUAAUAUAAUGGGUGGCAAGUUUUCAAAGUGCCUGCCUUGAAAUGUUGAUAAAGUUCCUUGUGUCAAAAUUGAUAUGAAAGAAAGGGAAGGGUAUACGUUAUAUAUCACCUCUAGGGUUGCAAAACUCCAGGAACUUUCAAUACAUUUCCUGGUUUUCCAGAAAUUGUGGUUGGAGGAUUCCAGAUUUCCUGCUUAUUCCUUCCUGAUUCCGGGAAUCCUUCAACUGGGAUUUCAGGGAAAAACCUGGGAAUUCAUUGAAAGUUCCCAGAAUUUUGCCACCCUAAUCCACCCCCUGCUAUAUAUCUAUUCGUUAAGCUUACUCUUCAACGGUCUCCGACAUCAGACAGUUGCAGAGUUCAGCAUCAAUAUAUUAUGAAUAUUUCCGUUUUUGCAUUUGUUUGUCGUAUGUUUGGUUAUUUCCUGUUGUUAUUAUGUCUCGUGGCCUUUCAACAUCUGUUAGACAUUUGUUCUCCUUGGAAAUAUUUGUCUCCGCAUAAAUAUUUAAUUUAGUGUAGUUCACUUGUAUUUAGGCAAGUAUAGCGUAUGCAUUGUGUUGAUAUUUACCACCUUGUGUUUGUUACCUUAUAUUCUCAAUUGUAAAAUUAAUUCUCAUAUAAAAAAGAUUUCUAAUAACUUACUAAUGUGUUACUUGGUCAUUAUUAAAGUGCAAUACUUCUGUUGGA